GGGGCGAAUCCCUGCCUACGUCACUCCCAGUCCUAUAUAUAAAUAUCCUGAGCACCGACUCUGAUCAGACUCAAACAAAACCGCUUUUUCGGCUACCACAACUCUUGAAACCAAGGAUUAUUUGAUCGGCUUCGCUGGAUUUUAUUCCCUGCACCGGAUCUUCGGUAAGCAACAUGACUUUGAACAAGGGUGACAAAUUGCGGAACAUGGACAAAAGAAGAGGAAGCAUGCCGUUUCCAAUGAAUGUACCAAACCUACACAGGAGAAGCAUGCCAGUGGACGACCGUGAUCUGAGCGCCACGAUGCCACAGACGGGGCAGACUGACGACCUGUCCAACCUCCUGCGCUGCACGUCCUACUCCCCGAGCGAGCAGCACCGAGGCAGCUACGCGUCGGACUCCUCCGACUCCGUGAUCUCCACCGGCAGCGAGACGGAGUCCCAGAUCUACAAAGUGGUUCUCCUUGGGGAGCACGGAGUCGGCAAGUCCAGCUUGGCGCGCGUCUUUGGAGGAGUUGAGGAUGCUGGUCACGACUGCGAUGAAGCAGGAAACACGUAUGACAGAUCUAUGGUGGUAGAUGAUGAAGAUGCAUCCAUUGUGUUGUAUGACAUCUGGGAACAGGAUAACAGUCAGUGGCUGAAGGACCAGUGUAUGAGGAUGGGAGACGCCUACAUCAUCGUGUAUUCAGUGACAGACAAAGCAAGCUUUGAGAAGGCGUCAGAGCUGCGUAUUCAGCUGCGCCGGGCAAGGCAGUCAGAGAACAUUCCCAUAAUCCUCGUGGGCAACAAGAGCGACCUGGUGCGGUCAAGAGAGGUGUCAGUAGAUGAGGGGAGCGCCUGUGCAGUGGUAUUCGACUGCAAGUUCAUCGAGACGUCUGCCUCUCUUCACCACAAUGUGCAGGACCUUUUCGAGGGCAUCGUCAGACAGAUCCGCUUGAGGAAAGACAGCAAGGAGGAGAACGCCAGACGCAUGGCCAACUGCAGACGCAGAGAGAGCAUCGGCAAGAAGGCCAAGAGGUUUCUGGGCCGCAUGGUUGCACGCAAGAACAAGAAGAUGGCUUUUAGGCAGAAGUCAAAGUCCUGUCAUGACCUCACAGUUCUCUGAGGAACACAUGGGACUAACAGACAUUUUUCUUUGGCCUCUGAAGACCAGAAGCUGUGUGUGUUUUAACACUAACCCUAAAGGACUAAUAGAGCUGUACAGAAAUAUAUUUUUAUUUUUAGACACCCACCAAAAGAGGACAUAAAUAGUAAAAAUGACACCAUUCAAGUCAUAUCAUGAUGAUGGUAAUAACCUGCAUGGAGCUUUGUAAACAUUUAUUUUCUUUCAUAUUAUUAUUUGUGUCUGCCUUAAACAUGUUGCUGUCCUAAUAUGUGUUUGAAUGAGAAAUGCAAAAGGUUUUUUGUCUUCUAAUGAGUUGCAAGGACUGCCUUUCUGGUGGGUUGUUGUGCACCUUUAUUGGAGGGGAUUGAUGUAUAUAACAGGAAUGAUGCUGGAUGCAAUAUACAUCUCAUUUUCCCAAAAGAUGCGGUAAAAGAUCACAGUACUUGGUCAUCUGAGGUCAUUUUUACUUGAAACGAGGUACGCAGGUUCGUGCCCCGGCCAAGUGACUGAGGACUAGUCAAAGAUAUGAAAAAACAUCUGGCUUCUUUGUUGUUCCAUAAGAUUGAAUUCAUGUUGUGAAUGUAUAAGUAAAGCAAUACGUUAUAUUUGUCCUGUGAACCAUGAAGUGUUUUUGGAAAUUCUUUGUUUACCUUGAUUUUCUUUUUUAAUAAAAGAUACAAUAAAAAAGAUGAAAUCUU